GUUGCUCUCUUUGCUUCUUCACUAAGCUCACCUCCCCUCAUCACUUCACUCCCAUCUCCUUUUUUAAGCUCCAACUACUCUCUCUCUCUCUCUGUUUCUCUCCCCCUCCCUCACUCGAUCCCAUAUAUCUGUGUAGUUAUUAUAUUACUAAGGUCGCUGUCGGGUGUUUCUUUAAAUGUUGGGUUUUCAUCGUAUGCAUCUCUUCUUCUUCUUCUUCUUCUUCUUCUUCGUUAGUUCUCUGUACACUCUUCUUCUGUGGGUUCCCAUGGCUUGAAACCUCAGCUUUCUGGGAUUCACGGCCCUCUCGAGGAAAUUCAGUAGCUAAAGUAGACGUGUGUUUGGCGGAGUUGCAAAGAUGUCGCUCCGUCGUGGUUCUGAUCAGCCGCCGCAAAGGCGGAUUCUGCGGACUCAAACGGCUGGGAGUUUAGGGGAGAUGUUGGAUAGUGAGGUGGUGCCUUCUUCCAUGGUUGAGAUUGCCCCAAUUCUCCGUGUUGCCAAUGAUGUUGAGUCCGCGAACCCGAGGGUCGCCUAUCUGUGUCGAUUCUAUGCCUUCGAGAAAGCCCAUAGACUAGACCUCACUUCCAGUGGACGGGGUGUUCGGCAAUUUAAGACAGCUCUUCUUCAGCGUCUCGAAAGGGAGAAUGAACUGACCUUGCAAGGAAAGACAAAGAGCGAUGCUCGUGAGAUGCAGGACUUCUAUCAGCAUUACUAUAGAAAGUAUAUUCAAGCUUUACAUAAUGCAGCCGAUAGAGCUGAUCGCGCCCAACUCACCAAAGCAUAUCAAACGGCUGCUGUUCUCUUUGACGUGCUAAAAGCUGUCACUCAGACCGAGUCCGUGGAAGUUGCAGAUGAGAUUCUUGAAGCACAGGCCAAGGUUGCUGAAAAGAAAGAGCUGUACAGACCUUAUAAUAUUCUUCCGUUCGAUCCCGACAGUCAGAAUCAGGCCAUAAUGCGAUAUCCAGAGAUUCAAGCAACAAUAGCUGCACUUCGAAACAGCCGGGGCUUACCCUGGCCAAAGGGUCACCAGAAGAGACCCGAUGAAGACAUUCUGGAUUGGCUUCAGGCCAUGUUUGGGUUUCAGAAGGAUAACGUGGCAAAUCAAAGGGAGCAUGUAAUUCUUUUGCUUGCUAAUGUGCACAUAAGACACUUCCCGAAGCUCGACCAGCAACCCAAGUUGGAUGAUCGGGCUUUGACAGAAGUGAUGAAGAGGCUCUUUAAGAAUUACAAGAAGUGGUGCAAGUAUUUGAAUCGUAAAAGUAGUCUUUGGUUGCCCACUAUUCAACAGGAAGUGCAGCAAAGGAAGCUAUUGUACAUGGGUCUAUAUCUUCUCAUAUGGGGAGAGGCCGCGAACUUGAGAUUCAUGCCUGAGUGCCUCUGCUAUAUUUAUCAUCAUAUGGCAUUUGAAUUAUAUGGGAUGCUUGCUGGGACUGUUAGUUCCAUGACCGGCGAGCGUAUAAAGCCGGCCUAUGGGGGUGAAGAUGAGGCAUUCUUGAAAAAAGUCAUAACUCCAAUAUACAAUACGAUUGCGCAGGAAGCUAAAAGAAAUAGAGAGGGGAAAUCGAAGCAUUCGCAGUGGCGAAACUAUGAUGAUUUGAAUGAAUAUUUCUGGUCUGUCAGAUGCUUUCGCCUUGGUUGGCCUAUGAGAGCAGAUGCUGAUUUCUUUUGCCUGCCGGCUGAACAGCUUCAAGUUGAUAAACACGAGGAUAAGAAACCACUUACUGGGGAUAGAUGGAUGGGCAAAGUCAACUUCGUCGAAAUACGCUCAUUUUGGCACAUUUUUCGAAGUUUCGAUAGAAUGUGGGGCUUUUAUGUUCUAGCCUUGCAGGCAAUGAUUAUUGUUGCCUGGAAUGGUUCAGGAAAACUAAGUUCCAUAUUUGACGGCGAUGUUUUCAAGAGAGUUCUGAGUAUAUUUAUCACUGCUGCAAUAUUGAAGCUUGCUCAAGCUGUUCUUGAUGUAAUAUUAAGUUGGAAAGCAAGGAAGAGCAUGUCCAUGUAUGUUCAACUCAGAUACGUCUUGAAGGUCAUUUCUGCAGCAGCCUGGGUUGUCAUUUUACCAGUAAGUUAUGCGUAUAGCUUCAAGAAUCCUCCUGGGUUUGCACAGACGAUCAAAGGUUGGUUUGGGAAGGGAAAUGGCUCCCCUUCCUUGUUCAUCUUGUUUGUUCUCAUCUACUUGUCUCCAAAUAUGCUCUCGGUGCUGUUAUUCUUCGCUCCAUGGAUUCGCCGAACCCUUGAGAGGUCAAACUACAGGAUCGUGAUGCUCAUGAUGUGGUGGUCUCAGCCUCGACUCUAUGUUGGAAGAGGAAUGCACGAGAGCUGGUUUACGCUCUUCAAGUACACGCUCUUCUGGGUUCUUCUUGUAGCAUCGAAACUAGCUUUCAGCUACUUUGCUGAGAUUAAACCUCUAGUGGAUCCGACGAAAUCUAUCAUGCGAGUUCAUAUUUCACACUUCAAGUGGCAUGAGUUCUUUCCCCAAGCAAAGAACAACAUUGGGGCUGUGAUUGCAAUUUGGGCUCCAAUAAUGCUUGUUUAUUUUAUGGACACUCAAAUUUGGUAUGCUAUAUUCUCCACUAUUUUUGGUGGCAUAUAUGGCGCAUUUCGUCGUCUCGGAGAGAUUCGAACGCUGCGAAUGCUGAGGUCUCGGUUUCAAUCGCUGCCUGGUGCAUUCAAUGCAUUCCUGAUUCCAGUGGAAAAGGUCGAGGCACCCAAGAAGAGGGGCCUGAAAGCCACUCUAUCUCGGAAGUUUGUGGAGAUCCCUUCAAGCAAAGAGAAGGAAGCAGCGAAAUUCGCUCAGCUAUGGAACAAGAUAAUCAGUAGUUUCCGGGAUGAGGACCUCAUAAAUAAUAGGGAAAUGAAUCUGCUGCUUGUCCCUUACUGGGCCGACCAGGAUUUGGAUAUCAUCCAGUGGCCUCCAUUCUUACUUGCUAGCAAGAUCCCUAUAGCAGUGGAUAUGGCGAAAGAUAGCAAUGAAAAGGACCGAGACAGAGAGCUGAAGAAGAGAUUGCAGGCUGACAAUUACAUGCAGUGCGCUAUUCGAGAGUGCUAUGCUUCGUGUAAAAAUAUCUUGAACUUUUUGGUCAAGGGCCAACACGAAAAAAGGGUAAUAAAUGAAAUCUUCGCCAAAAUCAACGAGCUAAUUGAGAGCGAUGCUUUGAUAAGCGGCCUCAACAUGAGCAACCUCCCCAGCCUGUACGAACAUUUUGUUCAGCUCAUUGAGUAUUUGAUGACAAACAAAAAGGAGGACAAGGAUCAGGUUGUGAUCGUGUUGCUAAAUAUGCUGGAGGUGGUGACCAGGGACAUCAUAGAAGAUGAGGUUCCGAGCAUGGUUGACUCCAGCCAUGGCGGUUAUAUUGGUAAACCCGAAGCAAUGACCCCUCUGGAUCAACAGCAUCAGUUUUUUGGCGACCUCAGUUUCCCAGUCAAUCCAGAAGCAGAGGCUUGGAAGGAAAAAUUACGGAGACUUCAUCUGUUGCUUACGGUGAAGGAGUCAGCCAUGGACGUGCCAGCCAACUUGGAAGCUAGAAGGCGCAUUUCUUUCUUCUCAAAUUCGUUGUUCAUGGACAUGCCAUGCGCACCUAAAGUUCGGAACAUGCUUUCAUUUUCGGUCUUGACGCCUUAUUACACGGAAGACGUUCUUUUCACCAUAAAUGGACUUGAAAAACCAAAUGAAGAUGGAGUAUCGAUACUUUUUUACCUGCAGAAGAUUUUUCCAGAUGAAUGGACAAACUUUCUUGAGCGGGUGGGUUGCAGCAGUGAAGAAGGGCUCAGAGAGUCUGAAGAACUGGAAGAACAGCUCCGACUGUGGGCCUCGUAUAGAGGCCAGACCUUGACAAAAACCGUGCGGGGCAUGAUGUAUUACCGAAAAGCUUUGGAACUUCAGGCUUUCCUUGAUAUGGCAAAGGACGAUGAUCUAAUGAAAGGAUACAAAGCUGCUGAACUGAGUAGUGAGGAGCACUCGAAGAGCGAAAGGUCACUCUGGGCACAGUGUCAGGCAGUAGCGGAUAUGAAAUACACCUAUGUCGUCUCUUGUCAGCAGUAUGGUAUUCACAAGCGAGCAGGAGAUCCUCGUGCCAAAGACAUUCUGAAGCUUAUGACAACAUAUCCGUCACUACGUGUUGCAUAUAUUGAUGAGAGAGAAGAGCCGAGUAAAGACGGAUCAAAGAAGACAGUUGACAAGGUUUAUUAUUCAGCUCUCGUUAAGGCAGCUUUACCAAGCAAGUCUAUUGACUCCUCAGAACCGGGGCAAAGUUUAGACCAGGAAAUUUAUAGGAUAAAGCUUCCGGGUCCUGCAAUGUUAGGCGAGGGGAAGCCCGAAAAUCAAAACCAUGCAAUUAUUUUCACCAGAGGAGAAGCCUUGCAGACGAUAGACAUGAAUCAGGACAAUUACAUGGAAGAGGCCUUCAAGAUGAGAAACUUACUGCAAGAAUUUCUGAUAAAGCAUGAUGGCGGGCGAUACCCCACAAUUCUUGGACUUCGCGAACAUAUAUUCACGGGCAGUGUUUCAUCUCUCGCGUGGUUCAUGUCAAACCAGGAGACUAGUUUCGUAACUAUCGGUCAGAGAUUGUUAGCAGACCCAUUGAAAGUUCGGUUUCACUAUGGUCAUCCCGAUGUUUUUGAUAGAUUGUUCCACCUCACCAGAGGUGGAGUUAGCAAAGCUUCCAAAGUCAUCAACUUGAGUGAAGACAUCUUCGGAGGUUUUAAUUCCACGUUACGCGAAGGGAAUGUCACUCACCACGAGUACAUACAAGUCGGUAAAGGAAGGGAUGUCGGUCUUAAUCAGAUCUCAAUGUUCGAGGCAAAGAUAGCCAACGGGAAUGGUGAGCAGACACUGAGCCGCGACAUUUACAGGCUGGGUCAUCGGUUCGAUUUCUUCCGCAUGCUGUCAUGUUAUGUCACCACGGUCGGGUUUUACUUUAGCACUAUGCUGACAGUGCUCAUAGUCUACAUCUUCCUUUAUGGACGUCUCUACCUCGUCCUCAGUGGCUUAGAAGAAGCAUUAAGCACGGAGCCAGCGUUCCGUGACAACAAGCCUCUCCAGGUAGCCAUGGCCUCUCAGUCAUUUGUGCAGAUCGGUUACCUGCUGGCCCUUCCAAUGAUGAUGGAGAUCGGUCUUGAAAGGGGAUUCCGGAAUGCGCUGAGUGAUUUCAUAAUGAUGCAACUCCAGAUGGCCCCUGUGUUCUUCACAUUCUCACUCGGGACAAGGACGCACUACUACGGGCGGACCCUGCUUCACGGCGGGGCCGAGUAUAGAGGAACAGGCCGUGGUUUUGUUGUGUUCCACGCCAAGUUCGCGGGGAACUACCGGUUCUACUCCCGGAGCCACUUUGUGAAGGGGUUCGAGCUCAUGAUCCUCCUCCUAGUGUACCACAUUUUUGGCCAGUCUUAUCGUGGCUCUGUUGCAUACAUCUUGAUCACGAUAUCGAUAUGGUUCAUGGUGGUGACAUGGCUAUUUGCGCCCUUCCUUUUCAAUCCAUCGGGCUUCGAGUGGCAGAAGAUUAUUGAUGAUUGGAACGACUGGAACAAGUGGAUAAGCAAUCGGGGAGGGAUCGGUGUGCCUCCUGAAAAGAGCUGGGAGUCUUGGUGGGAGAAGGAGCAGGUGCAUCUGAGACACUCGGGGAAGCGGGGAAUUAUCAUGGAGAUUCUACUGUCGAUUCGGUUCUUUCUAUUUCAGUAUGGGCUCGUGUAUCAUCUGAAUAUCACCAAGGGUACACAGAGUGUCCUGGUCUAUGGUGCUUCAUGGCUCGUGAUAAUUUUCGUAUUGCUCAUAAUGAAGGCCGUGUCAGUGGGAAGGCGCCGACUCAGUGCGGACUUCCAGCUGCUGUUUAGACUGAUAAAGUGCCUCAUCUUUCUUACCUUCUUCUCCGUCUUCAUUACAUUACUGGCAAUUCCUGCUGGCCUCAAGGCUCGUGACAUCAUCGUAUGCAUCCUCGCAUUCGGACCCACUGGAUGGGGCCUCCUUCAGAUUGCACAAGCGUGUAGACCAUUGGUCCAGAGAGCCGGCAUCUGGGGAUCAGUUCGUACCCUUGCUUGCGGGUACGAGAUAUCAAUGGGAAUGCUCCUGUUCACGCCCAUUGCAUUCUUGGCUUGGUUCCCGUUCGUUUCGGAGUUCCAAACAAGGAUGCUCUUCAACCAAGCCUUCAGCAGAGGCCUGCAGAUCUCCCGAAUCCUUGGCGGCCCCCAGAAGGACCGCUCCUCCAAGAACAAAGAAUGAGCUAAUAAAUAUUUGCUUAUACGUAUUUUGGUGAUUGGCAACCUUGUGCAUAUACGUUGAUAGCAAUUAGCAUGUACCAUUGUGAGAAUGUUGGGUAUCUAUAGAUAUACAUGGAUACCUAUACAUGCACAUAUAUAUCGGACAGAAGAUGUACAUAUUAGAAAGAUCAUGUAUGAUCUUUAAGGUAUGACUUAAAUCUUUGCUUGCUUUAAGUAAUUGUGUAGCCUGAUCGAUCCUCGUCAUGGAACGUCUUUGAUAUCGAUUUGAUCUUAUCUGAUGGAGCUAAGCUCUACGGGCGGUGGUGAUUCGGAGGAGGAUGAUGGAGAAGCGGUGGAGGUGUGGCCGUGCACGGCGGCGCCAGUUGGUGAGUGUUCGUUAGGGAGAGAGAGUGAAGGGGGCGAAGAGAAAAAUUCUAGUGAAGGGCUAGUCAGUAAAGUGCUUGAGAUAUUAAUAGGCUCUCUCAAUCGAUAUGUGGUUUGUCAGUCAGUUCGGUGAGUUAAUUGCUGGGGUGGUCAUUUAUUAGUAUUCUUGAAUAAUGUCUAUAUUAAUAUUCAUCGCAAAUAUUUGUUCAA